AUGACGGAGGAAGAAGACACGUGUUGGUGUCCUUCUCGUCAUCGGUGGACGUUGGUAUCCUUUUCGUCAAAGGCGAGGGAGACCGAGUACCAGAACAAAGAUGAGGACGAGGACGAGGACGAGAAAGAGGACGAGGACGAGGACGAGAAAGAGGACGAGGACGAGGACGAGGACGAGUCUUCUCUCAGGCCGAUUUGGCGUUACGUCCAAUUCCUUGAACUACAGAAGCAAGGCCAGCCGGCUGGGUCCUCUAGUAGCACCCCGGCCAGCCAGCCUUGCCUCCGCCAGCUCAACAGGCUUGAAAAAGAAGAGAAGAAGAGAGAAGAGGAAACGAAAAGGAUGGGCGAAGGGGAAAUAUAA